AUGAAAUCACCUGUUGUCUUCACCGACUGGGACGGUACCGUAACGCUUCAAGAUUCCAAUGACUACAUGACGGACCAUCUUGGAUUUGGCGAAGUCGAAAGGAAAAGAAUCGGUAAAAUGAUUCUCGAUGAAAAGUUGUCUUUUAGAGAUGGAUUCAAUAUGAUGUUGAAAUCGAUCACUGAUAAAGGCUAUAGUAUGGAGUACUGUAUCGAGACAUUACUAAAGAAUAUAAAAUUAGACCCGGGAUUUAGGCCUUUCCUCGAAUGGUGUAAAGCUCACAAUGUUCCGCUAUAUGUCAUUUCUUCUGGAAUGCGGCCAAUAAUUAAUGCACUACUCAAAACCUUGGUGGGGGAUGACGCCGCGGAUUACGUUAACAUUUUAGCCAAUGACGUUGAAUACGAUUCCGUCGAUCAUUCUAAGUGGCAUAUAGUCUACAGAGAUGAAACCCCUUUCGGCCACGACAAGUCCCGAUCCAUCAAAAAAAUCCUUGCCGAAUAUCAUGAUGUCAAACCAAUAGCAUUUUACUGCGGUGACGGAGUGUCUGAUCUCAGUGCUUCGAGUACAUGCGAUCUUCUGUUCGCAAGGAGUGGAAAGGAUUUAGUUACAUUCUGUGACAGACACCAUAUCCCUUAUAGAGAGUUUUAUUCUUUUGUUAAUAUUACAGACGAUGUUAAUGCUGUUUCCCACGGCGUAAAAACUAUUGAGGACUGCCUUGUCAAAUAA